ACAGACAGAACUCGGCAGGACCACCUGCAAGUUCACCAGUAAUAACAACGAAACCGUUGGAAUGUGCAAGGAGCUUUAUGGAUACUGGAAAGCUUAGGAAUCAACUACAAACUCACACAGAGUGGGAAAGAUAUAAAUGUUUGAAGUGUGGAAAGAGCUUCACUAGAUAUAGAAUGCUUAGAAUGCAUCAUCAAACUCACAUUGGAGAAAAGACAUUUAAAUGCAUGGACUGUGGCAAGAGCUUUCGCAAGAACUAUGAUUUUACUGUGCAUCAGAGAACCCACACAGGAGAGGAACCAUUUAAAUGCACGGAGUGUGGAAAGAGCUACAAAGUUCAUCAAAGAUUUAAAAUACAUCAGCGAACUCACACAGGGGAAAGACCAUAUAAAUGUAUGGAGUGUGGAAAAAGCUACAGAGAUGGCCGAUACUUGAAAAUACAUCAGCAAACGCACACAGGGGAGAAACCAUUUAAAUGCAUGGAGUGUGGAAAGUGUUUUGCUGUAAAGGGAAGCCUUAGAAAACAUAAACAAAUCCAUACAGGGGGAACUCCAUUCAAAUGUAUGGAGUGUGGAAAGAGCUUCAGGCAGAGUAGAGCACUUAUAAUUCACCAACAAACUCAUACAGGAGAAAAGACAUUUAAAUGUACAGAGUGUGGAAAGAGCUUUAGUUUUAAAAGUAGCCUUAGAAAACAUCAACGAACUCACACAGGAGAAAAACCAUAUAAAUGUAUGGAGUGUGGAGAGAGCUUCAGUCAUCAUGGAAAACUUACAAGACAUCAACAAACUCACACAGGAGAAAAACCAUAUAAAUGUACGGAGUGUGGAAAGAGCUUUAGUUGUAAUAGUAGCCUUAGAAUACACCAACGAAAUCACACAGGAGAAAAACCAUAUAAAUGUAUGAAGUGUGGAAAGAGCUUUAGUUGUAAUAGUAGCCUUAGAAGACACCAACGAACUCACACAGUAGACAAACCAUAUAAAUGUAUGGAGUGUGGAGAGAGCUUCAGUCAUAAUGGAAAACUUACAAGACAUCAACAAACUCACACAGGGGGAAAACCCUAUCAAUGUAUGGAGUGUGGAAAGAGCUUUAGUUUUAAUAGUAACCUUAAAAGACAUCAAUCUACUCACUCAAAGGAAAAACCAUUUGAAUGUAUGCAGUGUGGAAAGAGCUUCACUGAUAGGGGAUACCUCAGAAAACAUGAGCUGAUUCACACAGCGGAAAAGCUAUUUAAAUGUAUGGAGUGUGGAAAGAGCUUCAGUGCAAGCGGAAAACUUACAAGACAUCAACGAAUUCACACAAGAGGAAAACCAUAUCAGUGUAAGAAGUGUGGGAAAAACUUCAAAUUUAGCAGAACACUUAAUAUUCACCAUCAAAUUCACAAUGGGGAAAAUCCAUAUAAAUGUAUGUGUGGAAGUUGCUUCUAUGAAAAUGCAAAGCUUAAAGUACAUCAACGAACUCACACAGGGGAAAAACCAUAUCAAUGUAUGGAGUGUGGAAAGAACUUCCGGGAGAGUGGACACCUCAAAAGUCAUCAACUAGUUCACACAGGAGAAAAGCCAUUUACAUGUAUGGACUGUGGAAAGAGCUUUAGUCAUAAUAGUGCCCUUAGAAAACACCAACGAACUCACACAGGGGAAAAACCAUAUCAAUGUAUGGAGUGUGGAAGGAGUUUCAGUUGUGGCUCAAAACUUACUUUGCAUCAUCAAACUCACACAGGAGAAAAACCAUAUCAAUGUAUGGAGUGUGGAAGGAGUUUCAGUUGUGGCUCAAAACUUACUUUGCAUCAUCAAACUCACACAGGAGAAAAACCAUUUAAAUGUAUGGAGUGUGGAAAAAGCUUCAGUUUUAGAAGGGACCUUAGAAUACAUCAAUGGACUCACACAGGAGAAAAACCAUUUAAAUGUAUGGAGUGUGGAAAAAGCUUCAGUUUUAGAAGGAACCUUAGAAUACAUCAAUGGACUCACACAGGGGGGAAACCAUUUAAAUGUAUGGAGUGUGGGAAAAGCUUCAGUCAGAGUGGGAACCUUAGAAUACAUCAAUGGACUCACACAGGAGAAAAACCAUUUAAAUGUAUGGAGUGUGGAAAAAGCUUCAGUUUUAGAAGGAGCCUUAGAAUACAUCAAUGGACUCACACAGGAGAAAAACCAUUUAAAUGUAUGGAGUGUGGAAAAAGCUUCAGUUUUAGAAGGAACCUUAAAAUACAUCAAUGGACUCACACAGGAGAAAAACCAUUUAAAUGUAUGGAGUGUGGGAAAAGCUUCAGUUUUAGAAGGAAGCUUAGAAUACAUCAAUGGACUCACACAGGAGAAAAUCCAUUUAAAUGUAUGGAGUGUGGAAAAAGCUUCUGUGAUAGUAGUAGCCUAAAGAUACAUCAUCGAAUUCACACAGGAGAAAAACCAUUUAAAUGUAUGGAGUGUGGAAAGCGCUUUGUUCAGAGUUCACAACUUAAUGCACACCAUCAAAUUCACACAGGAGAAAAACCAUUUAAAUGUAUGGAGUGUGGAAAAAGCUUCAGUAUUGGAUAUAAGCUUAGAAUGCAUCAACAGACUCACAGAAGGAAAAAGCCAUUUAAAUGUAUGGAGUGUGGAAAAAGCUAUAGUUCCAAAUAUACCCUUAGAAUACAUGAACAAAACCACACAGUUGAAAAACCAGGUUAUUGUAUGGUGUGGAAAGACUUUCAGUAGGGUUGCCAUAGUUCAAGAAGUAAAAAAUCUGGAUGCAAAAACCUU